CGACGGUGUUUCAUUCCUCCCUAGUAUCUGUUUACACUUAUUAGAAUCAGAAGCUUUCUGCAUCUUACGUCAUGUACUGCUUUGAUUCAAAUCUAUCAAGAUGCCUAGAGAGCGCAGAAAACGUAUUUCAGCCCAUGAACCUUCCGCUAAGCCUGCCCAGCGACAAUUUGCAGUGCAAGAGAAUGCGGUUGAAGCGGUCGAAGUAGGUGCCGCGGCAGAGAUUUCAGGGGAAGUAAUAUUGCAAGAAAUGUCCACAGCAGCUACUCAGCCUCGUCAAUCAAUAAAAAAGAAAGAGAAACAGCAGCUCAAACACGAAGCUUUCAUUGAAAAACUGAAAUCGAAAACAUCGCCAUACUCGAAAGUGCAGAGACGCCGAUUCAAUAGACGGCAACGAGAACAAGUCGGCGGCGGACUUGAUGCCAUUGGCGCUGUUCUUUCUGCCAUUGAUAUGAGUGACUCGCCAGAACAAGGCAGUCCAGCAGCCGAGGAGACAAAGGAUGCUCGCGCUCACAAAGUUCAAACCAAAACGCUUCAGAUUGGAGAGGGCAAGGGAAUACCGCUAAAGAAGAACCAGCGAAAACGUGCUUUGGAACUUGAGAAACUUCGACAGCCAUUGAUACUCUCAAAUCCACAGUACUCGUCAAACCUAUUUCAGACGAUCCGCACUCACGCGCAGAAUACACUCGUGAAGCGUGUUGAUGUCCCAGAGGCGCAAUAACUUCAAUGUACGAUAAUCUAAAUGCACGAGAGUCUACUACUACGUUCAUGACUAUACCCGAUAUUCCAAGACUUUCACGGUGAUGAUGGAUGGUAUACGACCACUGGUGUAAUGCCAAUGUCCCCUAUGUUUGCCAUCCACGUAAGAUGUCAGCGACAUAUAUGCUUCUUCAUGGGGGCGUUAUCUAGCACAUUGUUCGGGAAGUGCAUGCAUAAGGGUUUGGGUGG